CUAAGCUAAUUUUUUUUUCAGUUUAGCGUGUUCAUGAAGAGCUCUAUAUUUACUAGUGGUCUUUCACUUCCUGACUACACAGUCACACUCUGUCAUGCUGACGUCAGCCACCGAUAUAAAAACCUAUAAGCGCAUGCAGAGCACUGGACACAAUGAUUCACCUGAACCUCUCCAUGGCACUUAUACCAUUAUUUGUGCUGACUUUUUGGACUAUAGGAUGCGUUAAAAGCUGUGGUAAUCAACAGACUAAGAUAAAUGGACGGUGCUGUGACAUGUGUCCCCCAGGCACUUAUGUAGAAGAAUUUUGCUCUGAGAGCCAACAAACUGCCUGCAAAGCCUGUCCAGAGGGACAUUUCUCACAACUUCAUAACAUCUUUGACAGAUGUGAAAAAUGCCAGACAUGUCAGCAUUAUGCUGUGAAAUGUAAAUCAACCACAAACGCAACCUGUAGUUGUGCCGAUGGUUUCCUGUGCUCCAACAGCAUCUGUUCGACUUGUGUGGAAGACAAAUGCGUCACAGGAGAGAGACUGAAAAGGACAGUCGUCUCCUCGAAUGCAAGGGUGAUAGAAUAUUCGUAUGAGUGUGAGGCCAUAUGUGGCGAAAAGGAAUAUUUCGAUGUGCAAAAGAAUGGCUGCACACCACUGACACAGUGCAGCGUGCUGGGAUUUCCUGAAAAGUUUUCAGGGAACAGGACACACAACUCCAUUUGUGACAGACCCGAGCCCAAAGACGAUGGAACCUUCAUUCAUGUGAUCCUUGGCAUUAGUGUCAUUUUGCUCUCUCUCAGCCUCUUUCUGUUCAUGUCCUACACAUGUAUAAAGUACCUAAGGAUUCACACAGCAAACCACAAACCCAUGCUGGCUGUCCCUACUAACAUCAGUGACUUUCACCUACCAAAGGAAGAGAGCGGGCUUCAGUUUGUCCAGGAUGGAUCCAAGGAAAGUCACAGUUGUGAACUGGAAAGCAUUAUUUUAAGAUGAUAUUAUAACUCUGUUCAAUUACAGCCACUAUGCUAAAAAUUAAAGGUGUAAAAUAUCUCGCUUGACAUCAGUGCACAGGAUCUAGGAGGGAAAGUGAAAAACAUUUGAAGAACAGGUUUGAUGAUCCCUUUUGAUCUUUAGCAUGACCUAAGCAGAAACACACUUAAAUAUGAAUGAAUUCAUAUUUAAAACCUCACUUUGAUGUGGUAGUGAUUUUAUCUCAAGUCUAUACUCAAAAUAGAUGGUUUCUUGCUGAAUAUUCAGGAGUAUUGCAGUUUGGUGUGUAACACAGGUGUUUGUCUCUGAGGUCGGCCUUGCAGUUUGUGCCCUUCUGGCAUGAGUUUUAGAUGAGCUACACAAGUUUUUAAUGCUUAUUAUACUGCAAAUAAACACACUGUUGGGAAUGUUUUAGGUAGGUAGAGUUAAUUUAUUUUGUUUCUGUAGUAUAGCAAAACAGAUCAAUUGUAAUCAGAAUAAAUUAAGUGGUUUUA